CUCGUAUUUGCCCAGACGUGUUGCUAGCGCUGUUGAGGAAGCGCACUCGCACACGGCCGUUGCCCAGCUCCCACUCUUGCAUCAUAGCCAUGCAGACUGCAGCUGACAUACGUGUUCAUAGCCUUGCGCUGUACUUUUCCUGCAAAACAGUUCCGAGUUCACUCGCCAGACGGAUGUCAAUACCCCGAGCUCUCGGCUGAAAGACAUCUAGACAAACAUACAGCUUUGCUGAACCAAUAAAUACUGGUAGGAUCAUAAUGAGCACCUUGCCACACGACCAGGCGCUGGCUCCUCCAGCAGCGUCUGAGCCAAGCUCCAGUGCUUCCUACAUGCGCUGCACAUCCGUGUCUUCGCCCGAGCGGCAGUCGGCAGCAGAGCUGCAUGAAUGCGCUCCUCAGCAACGCCGUGUGUCGUCCCCGUCGCACCGUCUUGAGGUGACAGCCGAAGCGGCGCAGACCCACGGCAUCCUGCACGCUAGCGCAACAGGCAAUGCUCCGCAGCCCAGCGCGACCGCUCUUAUCGCCGUGUUGUCCGAAGGCACUUCCCCUGAGAUAUGCCCUUACGUAACGGUGCUGAUGGACGCCGACGAGACGGGGCCCCUGCCGGAGCAGAGCGCGCGCAGCGGCGGCGCCUUCACACCGCGCCGCAGCACCAACGGCCACAGCGGCAACGAUGACGACGCCUCCACCUCCUCAGCCCACACCCAGCCCGGGACGUCCAUCUCUGCACGCGCCUCCCCACCGCUGCUGCCGACCAGCCCCGGCUAUGGCUUUGACGGCGCCGGCGGCUCCCUGUAUGGCUGCCUGCUGCAGCGCCUGGCGCCGCUGUCGCCGUCGCUGGCGGCCCUGGCACCGGCCCACUGGGGCGACGUGGAUGCGGUGGUGCAGGCCCUAGCCGCCGACCUGCAGGGCGGGCCUGGCGGCGCCGGUCUGGCACCAGCCGCCUCACCCACUGCCGCCGUGUCGCGGCUGCCCGUGCCGCUCAUGCCGGACUCGCCGCCGCCCCCAACGCAGCAGCAGCCGGGCACGCCGGAGUCGCCGCUGCACUGUCUCGAGGCGGCCGCCGCUACUGCGAUGGCUGAAAAAGCGGCGCCGCCGCCUCCGUGUGCGUCCCUGUCCCGCCAGGCCUGCGAGCUUCAGGGCCUGGCUGGUGACCUGGUGGCGGUGCUGCGCCAGGCCGGCGACGACAUCCGCCGGCUGCGUGCCAGGCGGCCGCGCCGGCCGCUGCUGCUGUUGCCGCGCACAGCCGCCCUGCUGGCGUCGUCAGCCGGGCGCAGCGGAGGCGAUGGAGACGCCGCGCCCGGUGAGCGUCGGCGGGCGCUCAGCCGUAGCUGCAGCACUCGACACGGCGGCGGCAGGACCAGCGCCUCGCCCGCACGCGCGCCGCUGCGGCGGGCGGUCAGCGGCAGGACAAGGGAGUGGGGUGGAGGAGGCUUUGGUGGCCAGGGCGGCGCCGGCACGGGCACUCAGGCGCCGCGGCGUGAGCAGCUGCUGCUGCGCACGAGUUCGCGCGGCGCCUCGGUUCGCUGGGCCGCGUCGGCCGCGCCGCAGGCUCCGGCCGCCGCGCUGGCGCCGUCGCUCAUGAGCAUCACGUCUGAGAUGGCGCCGGUAUCACAGCCCGCGAUUGUGGUGGCGCGCAGUCGGGACGGCUCGCUGCGGCCUGCCAGAACCACGAGUAAGGACGGCGCCGCGGCCUGCACGGCGGCGACUGGGGUCAGCCGCAUCCCGCGGCCACAGGGAGUAGUGGCCCAGAUCAGUGCCCCUAGCGGCGGCGCCAAGGGUGCCAUGUCCGAAGCAGCCGCGGCGCUGGCGGCGGCAGCAGCGGCCGCGGCGGCGGUGCAGACGCACGUGCAGUCGCUGCGGGACCGGCGGCGGGAGACGCAUGGCGAAGACCCGGCCUUUGCAAUGGCGCGGCUGGAGUAUCAACGCAGCUGCCGUGCCGCCCAGGAGGAAGCCGCUAGCCGCCGGGCGGCUCAGCUGCUGCUGGCGCCAGGACCAGCCGCAGUCGCUGCCGCCGCGGACCGCUCAGGGCCGCCCAGGGCUCCGCCUGCCGGCAUGAGGAUGUCGGCAUCCUCUGUCGCGUCUCAGCCCCUGACCUCCGCGCUCCUCCUGGCAUCUGCGGCCGCCGCGGAGCGUGGGUCAGGGGCCCAGGGCCCGGCCGCAUGCGCCACGAAUGAGGGCGAGCACAUGGAGAAUACGGUGUGCGCCGCUGGCGCUGGCACUGAUGGCAGCAGUCAGGCGAGCACAGCAGCUGGCGUUGCGCCGGGGCCGCGUCCACCCCGGGCUGCCGUCAUGUCUCGCUGCAGCUCCUCGCACUCCCUGGCCAGCGUCGCCAGCGGCAUGAGCGCCAUCAGCGGCGUCAGCGCCGCCGCCAGCGCCUUCAGCGCCGCCAGCUCGGCGGCUGCGCGCUGUGGUUACGGCCACGCCGGACAUGGCGGCCGGGUGUGCGCGGCGUGCAGCCGCCGCGCCGCCGCAGCCGCCGCGGCGGCGGCGGAGGGUGGCGGCUCGGGGUGCGGAGGAGGCGGUGGCGGAGGCGAUGGCAUGGGAGCAAGCAGCGUGUGGGGCGGCGAGGGGCAGCGGGCGCAGCAGCGGCAGCAGGAGCGGGCGGUUGACGUGGCGGUAGAGCGUCUGAGCGGCGUGUUUGAGGCAAACCAGGUGUCGCUGGGUCUGACCAAGGUGGCGGCCUUCACCUACGCCGCGGGCGCCAAGCGCUACCGGCUGCAGCUGCUGCCGGACGGGCGUCUGGCGGUGCGGCGCGGCGGCGGCUGGGAGGAGCUGACGGCGGCGCUGGCGCGGAGCCCGAGGCUGGCGGCGGCGGGGAUAACCGGGGCUGCGGUAGCCGCCGCGGCUGCCAGCGGGGCUAGUGCGGGUGCGGCCGUGGGUGCGGCCCACGGUUAACCCUGGGUAACGCGGAGACACCCACGCCGGCGUGGAAACUUGAAAGGAUGCAGCGGGCUGCAGUAUAGAACGUGUAUGAAGGUUGCAUAAUGCUCGUAUGUGAGGCUUGCAAGCUAAGGAGCGAGUGCUGCACGCGGUUUUGUUCGCGGCGAUGCGUAGUCUUCAGCAGGCAAUGGCCGCGACUUCCUAACCGGUAACGCCGCUUUGCCCAUUCCAUAUUUUCCUACUACAUUUGUGAGCUGAGGGUCAGCGACUUAAACAAAGCCUAGUAAUGAUUGAGUAACGUAAUUGCAGCGGUUGGUCGCCGAUGCCCUA